AUGACUAGGCAAAUAAUUCCUAAGCAUGAAGGCAGAAACAAUGUUUCACCUCGUCGCGAGCCACUAUUCGUCGCGGAGCCUCCGCUAGGCAGUGAUGGUCUACCGAUAAUUCGGAAGGUCAUGGUUGCCAAUCGCGGUGAGAUUGCGUGCCGCGUUAUCCAGACAUGUCGAGCAUUGAACAUUCUGUCUGUUGCGCUUUAUGUUGACGAGGACUCUUCUUCACGCCAUGUUGGAGAUGCCGAUGAAGCCAUCAAUAUUGGCAGCAUUGAUAAAUGUGAAAGAAAUCCUUUCCUUGACAUCGAUUUGCUCGUUCGGACCGCAGUCUCCGUUAGCGCUCAAGCUAUUCAUCCAGGAUACGGAUAUCUGAGCGAGAAUGCAGACUUCGCGAAUCGGGUCCGGGAAGCAGGACUUAUCUUCAUCGGGCCCAGCGCCAGUGCCAUGUCAACUCUAGGUGACAAGCGAUUAUCAAAAGAGUAUUUGCGCAAAUACGCACCCGAUGUCCCUCUCAUUCCCGGAUUCUCAGGAUCUAGCCAAGAUGAUGAAGCCUUAAGAAAGGCUGCACAUGAGAUUGGCUUCCCAGUGAUGCUUAAGGCAUCCGCAGGAGGUGGUGGGAAGGGCAUGCGGAUUGUGCGAGAAGCAGGGGAGCUCAAACAGGAGCUUGAGCGAGCAAAGUCAGAGGCCCAGCGAUCAUUCGGCUCAAGUGACUGUAUCUUGGAAAAAUACAUCGAAAGCAGCAAACACGUUGAGAUUCAGAUUUUGGGUGACUCGCACGGCGAAGUGAUCUCAUUUUUUGAUCGCGACUGCUCAGUUCAGCGACGACACCAAAAGGUCAUCGAGGAAACUCCUUGCCCUUUCCUCUCAGAUGAAACGCGAGAAAAUAUGAGCAACACCGCCGUACGCAUAGCCAAGUUGAUCGGAUAUGAGAAUGCCGGCACUGUCGAGUUUGUCGUCGAUAUUCAAACCGGUCACUUCUAUUUCCUUGAAGUCAACGCUAGAUUGCAAGUCGAGCAUCCCAUCACAGAGGAGGUCACUGGAGUGGACCUUGUUGCCCUCCAAAUAUUUGCCGCUGCCGGUGGAAAACUGCAAAGUCUACCUGCCGUUCAAAAUGUGACUCAACAAGGACACGCGAUCGAAUGUCGAUUAUGCGCCGAAGAUCCACAAAAGAAUUUCUUCCCAGAACAUGGCAAAAUUCACCUAUGGCUUCCAGCGACGGGUGUUCUCGGGCCAGGUCGAGAUGUCCGCUACGAAACGGCGAUCGAAACUAGAUCCACUGUCUCAAUCUACUUCGAUUCCAUGAUCGCCAAGAUUGUCGUCUGGGCGCCAACUAGACGGCUUGCCGUGGAAAAGAUGGCCAAGGUGCUUGCUCAUACUGCUUGUGUUGGCGUCAAAACAAAUCAGCUCUUCCUGCAGGCUUGUUUAUUGAACAGGGCAUUCCAUGAUCCGGCAUACACAACAUCUUUCAUCCCUACCCAUAUUGACGACUUGUUGCAACCAUCCUGGAUUCGGAACCUACCAGAGGUGGAGAAGAUGCUUUCUGUUCUUCCGGGACUGGUUGUUCGGAAUCUUCCUCGCUUUAUACCAGUCGGCAUGCAGAAAAAGCCAUUUGAAAGUGUCCGCAAGCAGUUCCGCAAUCAACGUUUCGACUCUGUCAGUGUUCACUGUGAUAUUGUCACGGCCCUGGACUGGCCUGGUAAAAGGCAAGAAGAUAUAAAUCAUGCAAUUACCAUGUGUUUAUGGAAACCUCAAGCUAUACAGACUUCAAACAACCCGGGAGAGGCAUACCUCGUCCCUGUCGAAAAGGUCGAGCAAGCUCAAAACAAGGUAGCCGCAGCAGCCACACAGGUAUCCGCCCAAUAUAACAACAUAAGCCAAGCACUACGCAGUGGAAUAGCCAUAUCUUCCAAGCUAUUUAGAGUCAGCAUCGAGUCAUGGCACCCGGUAGAAGGAAAUCCUGCUAUCGUUGAAUCAUGGCUCACAUCGACCAUUCAGCUCUCUAUCGAUGGAACCAAGAUUCUAGCACAUGUGACUCUCCCUUCAGCCAGGCCGCACACUCUGGUCGGAGAUAUUGAUCGAGGCCAACGAGUCUUUUGCCAUCUACCUACCCUCGGCACGUAUGUUGAGUUCAAGCGCGAUACAUUGCUGUCAUUUGCGGAAAGUAUCCGCUCCGUGGCGAAGUCCAAGGGCGGGUCUGAGCAAAAGAGUAUUGAGGCACCAAUGCCGUGCAAGGUUUUGUCAAUUUUGAAGAACAAUGGGGACGAGGUUCACUCUGGGGAUUCGGUAAUGGUUAUUGAAAGCAUGAAGAUGGAGGUUAGUAUUGCUGUUUCCGCGUCGGGGAAGUUUGAGACAAAUUGGAAGCAAGGGGAUGCAGUGGAGGAAGGGAAAAUUCUUUGCUCUGUUGUUUAG